AUGAGCAAUCAAAGAGUAACAUAUGCAGAAAUCAACUUGGCCAAAUAUCCAAAGCAGAAACUCAAGCCUAAGAGCAAAUCUAGCCUGAUUUCAAAUAAUGAGAAGGAAAUAACCUAUGUGGAAUUAAACCUUCAUAAUGCUCCUCAGAGUUUCCAUGCAAACAACAAGAAAUUCCACAACAAAGAUUUUCCAUCACAUGCAGGGAGGCUUCUUUCUGGAAUUCUCGGAAUCAUCUGUCUUGUCUUGAUGGCUAGUGUGAUAACUGUGGGAGUUACAGUUAUUAAUCGCUCUAAAGCAAAACAAGUGGAACAUAAUAAUUCUUCUCUGACCACAAAAUCCCUAACAGGUCAUAGUUGUGAUCAUUGUCCAAAAGACUGGCUUUUAUACUCCAAUAAUUGUUAUUACAUAAAUACUGAUAGGAAAACUUGGAAUGAGAGUUGGAUGUCCUGUGUGUCCAAGAAUUCUAAUCUACUUUACAUAGAAGAUGAUGAAGAAAUGGGGGAGCAGGUAAAGGGAAUGAAAAAAUCCAGUAGGGAUCAGAUGUUACAGGGCAGUGGGAUCGGAUGGCACAACCUGAGAGCUGAGGAGCUCACCCUGAGAGCCGGCUCACCCCGGGCCGAACACAGCCCACCCUGGGGGCCGAGAACGGCUCACCCUGGGGCCAAGAAUGGCUGGCUGGCACACUCCCCCACCAAAGUCCUCUUGCCCCAAGUCCAGACCCCGUGCCUCACUGAAGACCAUGUGGCCAGGGACAGCAUCCCCGAUUCCAGCUCCACCACCUUUACCCUCCAAUAA